AUGGAAAACAGGAAUAACGUUACGGAAUUUAUUCUCUUAGGACUUUCUGAGAAAAAAGAAAUUGAAGCUCUCUGCUUUUUGCUAUUCCUACUUUGUUACAUUGCAAUUUUGAUGGGAAACCUGCUUGUCAUGAUGUCUAUCACCUGCAGUCAACUUAUCAAGCAGCCUAUGUAUUUCUUCCUGAGUUACCUCUCGCUCUCUGACCUCUGCUACACCUCCACGGUGACCCCCAAGUUGAUCAUUGACUUGCUGGCAGUAAAGAAGAUUAUUUCCUACAAUGGCUGCAUGGCACAGCUCUUCACCAUGCACUUCUUUGGGGGGAUCGAGGUCUUCAUCCUCACAGGGAUGGCCUACGACCGCUACGUGGCCAUCUGCAAGCCGCUGCACUACACGGUCAUCAUGAGCAGGCAGAGGUGCGGUGCCAUGAUGGCUGCUUCCUGUGCUGGGGGCUUCCUGCACUCCUUUGGUCAGUUUGUCCUGGCCAUCUUUCUGCCCUACUGUGGCCCCAAUGAAAUAGAUCAUUACUUCUGCGAUGUGUAUCCUUUGCUGAAACUGGCCUGCACGGACACAAGCAGAAUCGGUCUCCUGGUCAUUGCCAAUUCGGGCCUGAUGGGCCUGGUGACGUUCGUGGUGCUGUUGAUAUCCUACGCUGUGAUCUUAUAUACCAUCAGGUCCUACCCCGCGGAUGAGGGCCGCAAAGCUCUCUCCACCUGCAGUUCCCACAUCACUGUGGUGGUCCUUUUUUUCGCUCCUUUACUCUUUGUUUAUAUCCGACCAGCAACUACUUUACCGGAAGACAAAGUGUUCGCUCUGUUCUACACCAUCAUUGCCCCCAUGCUCAACCCUCUGAUCUACACACUAAGAAACACGGAGAUGAAGAAUGCCAUGAAGAAGCUAUGGUGCCGUAUCAUGGGAAGGAAGGAAGUAAACUGA